CUGCGAUGAUUCUGCCACACUUUUUUGUCACAGCUUUGCGUCUGUUGGGCAUUUUUCCACUAUAUUUUAUUUUCUGUUGUACGUUAUUUACUGUUGAUUUGUAGAACCGUCACGAGAUGUCGCUCGAGACCGUUCAACAGUCCAAUUUUAACGACUUAGAGACCCCUCCUAAACACAUGACAAAAUGCUGAAACGUCAUCAUCUGGUAUGCCUUUGUGGAAACAGCUCGCAGACGAAUGAAGCCCAACACGAGUGAGGAGCCUCUACAGAACAUGAGCAUCAGACUGUUUGAUAUCCCUGCGAGGACAAGAAAAGAGGAAUAGCUCUUCCGUUUCCUUUUUGUGUGAAUAGCGAUGGCUGCGCGGACACAAUGGGAUAAUAUUAGAAUAUUCUUGCUCGCUCUUCUUUGUCUCUCUGACUGGUCCAUGGCUCAGAUAUCUUACACCAUUUCAGAGGAGGUGGACAAAGGCACUGCGGUGGGAAAUCUCGCUAAGGAUUUAAAUCUCAGUGUGCAGCAGCUCCAGUCCACGGGUCUACAGAUCACAUCUGGGUACAUAAAACGGUAUUUCGACAUCAGUCAUGAGUCAGGAGCUCUUUUUGUUAGUGACAGGAUUGAUCGGGAGGAGCUUUGUCCUAAUAUGGUCAAGUGCUCUUUAAACAUCGAGGCCAUACUGAGUAACCCUCGCAGCCUCCAUCGAAUUGAAAUUUUGAUAAAUGACAUUAAUGAUAACGUCCCUUCUUUUCAUGAAGAAAUUAUUACAAUUGAUAUGUCUGAAUCUUCACACGUUGGGGAAAGGCAUCCACUGCCAGUGGCCCACGACGCAGAUGCGGGCAUUAAUUCAGUAAAGACGUACAAGCUAAACACAAAUGAAUAUUUUACUUUAGAUAUACAGAGCGCGGGCGACCGGAGCGUGUCUGCUGAGUUAGUGCUGCAGAAAACACUAGACAGAGAGAAAGAGGCUGUUAUUGAACUCACUCUCACUGCAUUUGACGGAGGAAAACCACCUAAAACCGGAACGUUACAAAUACAUAUACACGUCCUGGAUGUCAAUGAUAAUCCUCCUGUAUUCAGCAAAACUCUGUACAAAGUCCAGGUGAUAGAAAACCCGAAUGUUGGCGCUUUGUUACUCACGCUCAGUGCGACCGAUUUAGACGAAGGUGUUAAUAGUCAGAUCGUUUACUCGUUUACAGAGAGAGCGCGACUGAGCUUAGAAGAUAAGUUUGCAAUAAAUAACAACACGGGAGAAAUCACAGUUAAGGGUAAAAUUGAUUAUGAGGAAAACCAGGCUUAUGAAAUCCGUGUUCAAGCGCGAGACAAAGGCACUCCUCCACGCAGCGCGCACAGCAAGGUUUUAGUGGAAGUUGUUGAUGUGAAUGACAACGCUCCAGUAAUCACAGUGUCAUCACUCAUGAGUCCAGUUAAAGAAGACGCGGAAAUAGGCACCGCCGUUGCUAUGGUGACGAUCACCGACAAAGAUGGAGGAAGAAAUGGACUGACUAAAUGCGGGGUGUUAGACACCGGUCCGUUUAAAUUAAAAUCUAACUACGAAAAUUACUAUUCAUUGUUGGUUGAUGGGAGUCUUGACAGGGAAGCUAUAUCCAUGUAUAAUAUAUCAAUCGAAGCGACGGAUGAAGGAACACCUGCUCUGUCCAGCACUGCAGUAGUUACUAUCCAGGUUUCUGACGUAAAUGACAAUGCUCCUCGGUUUCCCGAUGCGCACAUUAACGUUUUUGUUAAGGAAAAUAUCCCAACUGGAACUACAAUUUACAGACUCACCACGGAGGAUUUGGAUUUAAACGAAAACGCUAAAUCUGCGUAUCAGUUGAUUAAAGGCACUUCUCAAAGAGCACAGAAUGCCGCAUUAGUAAAUAUCAACUCAGAGACUGGAGACAUCAUCAGCCUGCAGACUUUUAACUACGAGGAGCUAAAAACAUUUCAGUUUAAAGUUCAGGCCACAGACUCUGGUGUUCCUCCACUCAGCAGCAACGUAACUGUUAACGUUUUAAUCCUGGAUGAAAAUGACAACAAUCCAACAAUUCUGGCUCCUUAUUCUGAGCUGGGUUCUGUUAACAGUGAGACCAUCCCCUAUUCUGCUGAAGCAGGGUACUUUGUAGCAAAGAUCAGGGCUGUGGACGCAGAUUCUGGAUACAAUGCGCUGCUUUCUUAUCACCUGACGGAGCCCAAAGGAAACAACCUGUUCAGGAUCGGAACCAGCACCGGGGAGAUCAGGACUAAGAGGAGGAUGAGCGACAACGACCUGAAGAGUCACCCCUUGGUGGUGCUGGUUUCUGAUAACGGAGAGCCUUCUCUGUCAGCUACUGUGUCUAUUGAUGUGGUGGUGGUUGAAAGCACAGCUGACAUCCAGACUCAGUUCAGAAACGUGCCUCUAAAGGAGGACAGCUUCUCGGAUCUGAACGUGUAUCUGCUGAUCGCCAUCGUGUCGGUGUCGUUCGUCUUUCUGCUGAGUCUGAUCAGUCUAAUAGCUGUCAGAUGCCACAGGACAGACGGUGGUUUCAGCAGGUACAGCGCCCCGAUGAUCACCACCCACCCUGACGGGAGCUGGUCUUACUCUAAAGCUACUCAGCAGUAUGACGUGUGUUUCAGCUCAGACACACUGAAGAGUGACGUAGUGGUUUUCCCCGCCCCGUUCCCGCCUGUAGAUGCUGAACUGAUCAGUAUUAAUGGAGGAGACACUUUUACCAGAACUCAGACCUUACCUAACAAAGACAAGGUAAGACCUGACCUUCUUGUGACUUUAGCAAUGAAGCAAUUUAGUCGUAAUUAAUAUAGUAAAUAUAUUAUCUCAUUGCCAGAUAUUUGGUUGAGAUUUUACACACGUGUUCAAAUUACGUGCAAGUUUUUAUUUUUAUUUACUUAUUCAUUUAUGUAUUUUUAUUCACGAAAGAAGCUAUUUUGGAAAGCAUACUUUCAAAUAAUCAUUUAGUCUCAUAAAAUAUUCCUAAGUUUUUUGUUAAGAAACCAAACACUGUUUAAUCAAUGCUAUAUUGUGUUUCUAAAUACCUUGCAGACGUCCAAGCAUUGUAUCCUAUUAUCUACGGUUUUAAAAUAAAAUCGGGUUUCUGAUCAAAACAAUCAGAGAAAAAGAUUUGCAUACAUUUUAAUUAAUGCACUGUCCAUGGUGCUUACAUUUUAUCGUGUCCUUUCUGUGU